UGAUCACCGUCUAUGAUCCCCGUGUAGGCAUUUUUAGGAGACUGAGUCAUGUUAUAUUUUCUAAAAUGAAAUGUUUAAUAGAUGUGUAUUCGUAUAUACACGAUAAUUUUAUGUUUAUUUAAGAUUUUUUUUAUCAUUCUUAUAAAAGCACAGCUUAAAGACCAGAUGAAUUAGAUAUAUAACGCCUGCAGGAUUUAAUAUUUCUAAAUAAACUGUGGGCGUUUAACUAAAGGUAAACCAAUUUUGGUUUUUAUUGCAAAAUGAAAAUUGCGUGUCUUUUAUUUUGAAAACGAUUUUUCAUAUCCACGCGGAAUUUACGUCAUUUCUCUAGUUUCUGGUAUGGAGGGAGUAUCGAAAACGUAAAUAUGAAGGAAGAAACACGUUGUUGAUCAUUUAGUUAUUUUAAAUCACUACGAACUGUUUAACAUAGCAAACAUAUAUUUUGCGGAAAUAAACAUGUGGCUGACAGACUUUGAUUGUGCUCUCCCAAUGAUGAACAGUUAUAUUCAUUUACUGUGUUAAAUACCGUAACCUCGGACUCUCUUUUAUGAGUGCCAACUCAUAAUUAAAUAAUGCAAAGGACCGUGGCAAGCCUUCCCCUGGCACCAUCAGUAAAGGCAAAGCUGAUCAAUGCAGGUUUCCAGCUGGCCACAGACCUCACUGACCUGCAACCUCUUCAACUGUGCAAAGAGACAGGGAUAUCACAGGACGAGGCAGCGGAGUUGUUGCAGAUCUUGUCCUGUGAUACUCAUCAUCACCAGAAGAGGGAAAUACAGAGCGUUACGGCGCUGGAUCUUUUGCAUGAGGAGAAAUCUCAGGGUAGCAUUGUUACAUUCUCAUCCAACCUGGAUGAUGCACUCGGUGGGGGUGUGCCUGUGGGAAAGACCACCGAGAUCUGUGGAGCCCCUGGCAUUGGAAAGACCCAACUUUGCAUGCAGUUGGUUGUGGAUGUACAAAUCCCAGUGUGUUUCGGAGGUCUGGGUGGAAAGGCGUUGUACAUAGAUACAGAAGGCAGUUUCUUGGUGCAGCGCGUAGCUGAUAUGGCAGAGGCGGCCGUGCAGCACUGCACCCUGUUAGCAGAGGACACGGAGCAGAAAAACGCUUUAGAUGAACUUACAGUAGAGAAGCUCCUCUCCAAUCUUUUCCUGGUCCGUUGCCAUGACUAUGUAGAGCUAUUAGCUGAGGUUCACCUCCUACCUGACUUCCUGGCUAAACAUCCUGAGGUACGGUUAGUAGUGAUUGACAGCAUUGCUUUCCCAUUCCGGCAUGACUUUGAGGAUCUUUCUCAGAGAACCCGCCUCCUUAACGCCCUUGCCCAACAGCUCAUCCAACUAGCAACAGAACACAGUGUGGCGGUUGUGUUGACCAAUCAAAUGACCACAAGAGUUUCAAAUGUCCAAUCCAGGCUUGUUCCAGCAUUAGGUGAGAGUUGGGGCCAUGCCGCCACCCAGAGACUCAUUCUGCAUUGGGAGGGAACUAAAAGGCUAGCAUCCCUGUACAAGUCCCCAAGUCAAAUGGAGGCCACAAUUCAAUAUGAGAUUACAGUUCAGGGGUUUAGGGAUGUCCCGGAUGAUCCCAGGGCUAAUGUUGAAUCAUCUACUGUCUCAUCUCCAUCUGGAAACCACAGUAAACGUCCUCGAAUGGAGAAUCAGUCUUGAGGGUGCUUUGCAGGGCAUAUUGUUUUUUAAUAGUACAUGAGAAAACCACAUUAGCUACAUAACUAGAAAUUUGCAUGAACAGGAAUAGCAGUAAUGUACAGAAAUAUUUAUAUAAUAUGAAAAGUCAGUUAAGGUUUAUUGUGUAAUUUAUCAGUGGAAUGAUGUGGACUCUUAGUUAAUUCUGUAAUGUUCAGUAAUUGUGUUUUAUGUUGUUAUCCAUGACAGUAACUGUGUUUACCAAAAGCACUUAGCCAUAGAAAAGCAGUACAUUACUGAUUCCAGUGUGGAUUUCUCACAAGAUUGGGGUGAAAUAACUGUUCCAAAGUGGCUGAAGCUUUCCAUCAUAACUUAAAUUGGUUGACGGGCCAAGUCAGACUUCAUAUUUGUCAAAUUAUGUGGAGCUAUUCCUGAUAUUCAUUUUUUGCACCACUUCACCUGGCUUAUACAGUCCUGUAUGUAAUAUAUGCAAAAUUGUUUUUAUGGAGCCCGGAGUGUUGACGAUUAGUCAAACUAAUUGACAAUCUUCAGUCAUUUAUCACGGCACUUAAAUUGCACGGGCGACACUAUGUGCCAUAAUUUCUAAUGAACUGUAUUUGUAACAUUGUAUUGAAUAAUUUGGCCGCAGUGAACCCAGUGAGACGGCAAUGUUGUCUACAUUGUGCUGUAUAGAUCACAUUCGAAUGACAUUUCCACAUGACAUUGUUCUGUGAAUGAUGGUAUGAAGAUGAAGAGUUUGCUGCCCACAUUCACCUCUAAGUAACAUUAAUAAUUUAGCUUUAGAUUGUGCCUGUGCAAUAUCAAUAUAUCAUUUCGGUUUCAGUUCA